AAAAGCUAGAGGAUUCAACGUUAGAUUUGUGAUUUCUUUCAGAUCAAUAUGAAGGCCCUAAUCUUGCUGUGCAUCAUCGGUGCUGCCGUUGCAGUCGAUGUUGAAAGUGUAGUACGUGAGCAGUUUGUUGACAAGAACCAAAAAGAGUCGGCGACAACUGCAUCAUUACACGUAGAAGGAUCAGUAAAUCAAGGAGGAUCAGAUUACACCCAGCCCGCAAAACCUACAGUUGGGUCGGCCAAACCAGUUCCAUCGAAGCCUGUGGAUUUGCCCGAAUUGCACGAGCCUGUCCAUUACCCAUUUUAUCCAGGGCCCUACUACCCUUUUUCAUUCUAUAAUUUCCCUUAUUGUAACCCCGAGUUUCAGGCACCCUUCUACAACUAUCCUCCUUACCACGGCGAUUUUUCCAAAUUCCCGCAAUAUAACAACCGCUACCAGUACCCGUUUCCAGCCAACUUCAAUGACGGCUUCUUCGCACCACGAACUUUCUCCCCAGAACACCCGUAUUAUCCUUACUUCUACUCGAAAUGCGCUCCUACUCACUUCCCACAUUACACUAACGAUUACAAACGUCCAUUUCCGACCGAAUUCCUAAGGAGAGUGCCAUUUCCCCACUUCCCUAGGACGAACGUUGACCACUAGAUCAAUUGGUCUAAAGAUGUCCCAUCGCUGAGCAAUCACUCCCUCAUCAACCACAAAAUUAUUCAUUCUUAUUUGAGUUUCACAAAAUAAAACAUAGUUGUCAAUAA